AUGUUCUUCAGUUGUUCUUUAUCAGAGCUUUUAAGCUUGAAACAUCCGGUGACUAAAUCUGAUGGUUCUUUGAACAUUCUGGUCGUCGGAGAUUGGGGACGACUAGGAGGUUAUAAUCAAUCUGCCGUUGCUGCUCAGAUGGGAAUUGUGGGCGAGCAACUAGACAUAGAUUAUGUGAUAUCAGUCGGAGAUAAUUUCUAUUCUGACGGUUUAAAUAACGACACUGAUCCUGCUUUUGAAGCUUCAUUCUCUCGUAUCUACACUCAUCCUAGUCUCCAAAAACGGUGGUAUUCUGUUUUAGGUAAUCAUGAUUAUAGAGGAAAUGUUUCAGCACAACUAAGUCAGGUUCUUACCCAAAAAGAUUGGAGAUGGUUUUGUCGUAGAUCUUUUGUCAUAAGCUCAGGAAUGGUGGACGUUUUCUUCGUAGACACUACUCCAUUUGUAAAUGAAUACUUCACAGAUCCAGAAGAUCACACUUACGAUUGGAGCAACGUGCUACCCAGGAAUAGAUAUAUCUCCAAUCUCUUAGAUGAUCUAGAUUUAGCGCUUAAAAAGUCGCGUGCCACAUGGAAAUUUGUUGUGGGGCAUCAUGGGAUCAAAACCGCAGGUGAACAUAAUGUGACUCAAGAGCUUAUCGAUCAACUUCUUCCAAUUCUAGAGGAUAAUAAAGUGGACUUAUACAUGAAUGGGCAUGAUCAUUGCUUGCAACAUAUUGGAUCUGACGGUGGGAUUCAAUUUCUGACAAGUGGAGGAGGAUCAAAAGCAUGGAGGGGAGUUAUUCUGCCAUGGGAUCCAAAAGAACUCAAACUUUAUUACGACGGACAAGGUUUCAUGUCUCUCCACAUCACUCAGUCUCAAGUCAAGUUCAUCUUCUAUGAUAUUUCCGGCAAUGUUCUUCACCAAUUCACAAUUUGA